GAGGGAAAAGGAAAGGGGAGGGGAAGAAGGGGCAAUCAUUUUUCAUGGCGGGUUUGAACCUUGAUCCACAAAUGGUUUCAUCAUCUUUAAAGAGUGGUGUGGUAUUUGUUCAUUCAUCGAGUCUGCUAAAGCUCUGAAAGAAGAUGGGUUUCGAACACCGACAUGGCUAGUUGAAAAUGAGUCAAAGUUCAAAAGCCAAAGAAAACGACAUGGCGGGGUCGAAAGGGGGCUCGGCAUCGGCUGCUGGAGUUAAAGGAGUUUUCAGCCACAUGAAAUACGAACAUUUGAUCGCUGGAGUGUCCGGUGGGGUGACAUCAAGUGUCGUCUUGCACCCGUUGGAUCUAAUCAAAGUUCGAUUCGCCGUGAAUGAUGGGCGGACUAGCAUGCCUCAGUACAACAGCAUACGAAAUGCAUUAGUUACAAUUUACAAACAGGAGGGUAUCCGUGGCCUGUAUAGAGGUGUAGUACCGAACGUUUGGGGUUCUGGCACUGCAUGGGGCCUCUACUUUUUAUUUUAUAAUACCACUAAAACAUGGGUUCAAGGUGGUGAUCCAAAUAUGCAGUUAAGCUGGCCUAUGCACAUGGGAGCUGCCGCAGAAGCGGGUAUUUUAACUCUAUUUUUAACAAACCCUCUUUGGGUUGUGAAAACUAGACUGUGUACUCAAUAUGGAAAUGAGAAGCCGCUUUACAGUGGUAUGAUAGACUGCUUUAACAAAAUUUACAAAGCUGAAGGAAUACCAGGAAUGUACAAGGGCCUUGUACCUGGUAUGAUUGGAGUUUCCCAUGGUGCUAUUCAAUUCAUGGUGUAUGAAGAAAUGAAAAAUUGGUACAAUAAUUAUAGAGGAACAGUUUUAAGCACAAGGAUGAGUACAUCAGAGUACCUAUUCUUUGCUGCUGCAUCAAAAUUAGUUGCAGCUUCAAUCACAUAUCCGUAUCAAGUGGUCCGCGCCCGGUUGCAGGAUCAUCAUCACAAUUAUGCAGGCACUAUGGAUUGCGUCUCCAAAACCUGGAGAUUCGAGGGUCCUCGUGGCUUUUACAAAGGCCUGGGGGCUUCAUUGUCUCGUGUGGUGCCAGCUACUAUGAUCACCUUUGUUGUCUACGAAAAUGUGUCUAGAUAUAUUUUAGACCAUCCCUUCAGAAAUAGAAAUAUGAACAAGUUGUGAGAUAUUUUAUUUAAACCUGCAAGGGCUCAAGGCUGUGAUGUACUAAUUUUACUGUAUUUUCACUUCACCAGCAAGAAAUACACUUAAGAUAAAAUCGUAUUGGCUCUUGCUGGGUCUUUUCUGAACAAAAGUUUCUAAUAACGGCAAUGAUUUCACAGCAGUCCUUUCUAGUCUGUGGUUAGGUGUAGCUGCUGUAAACAUGCAAUGAUGGACGUUGCAGUAUGUUUCUUGUUUGAGUGCACACAUAUUCUGAGAAGAAAGCAAAAUACUUUCAGUGUAGUGUGCAGGAACCACACUCUUUUCUUAUAUGGCUAUGGCAAGAAAAUAAAUUUGACUUAUUUCAAAA